AAGCCAGAGGGACUUCUUCUCGUGUUGAUGAAUGAUCAAAUUCUUACGUGUUUCGUGGCAUAAUCGGUGAAAUCUACGAACGGCUGUGCAAACCUUGAAUGGAUGAAUUCCAGUGGAUGGACGAGUUUUAUCCCGAUCGAACUGGUCAGAUCGACAAGAUUACAAGGAUCUCAUCUGGAACCUCCGCGAAACGAGAACACGAGGACGACAGAAGUUUGGGCAGCUUGAUCUCAGCUAGAUUCUCGAAGGAACGAACAAUUCGCCGAUGCUCGCUAGUCGACACGAUCCUCUACCCGGGUCUAUCCAGAAGAAUCGUCUGUCGCUGAAUAUUUAUAAGCGAUUCCGCGUUUGGAAAGCGGAUAGAAAACCGACCGAUCGUUCCUAAACAGCAACGACAACGACGACGACGACGACGACCUAGCCAGUGGGGAGGGGGAGUCAGAAAAAAACCGUGUGGAGAAAACAAGAGGAACGCCUAAGGUUUCUAUUCUUCGCCGAUAGGUUACGCGUACGGUUCGUGAAAAAGGAGACCAUUGGAUGUCUCUGUCCCCUCUGCUGCCUCUGUGCCGCGAGUGUGUGUGUGAACGAGCAAGUGAGAAAGUAACCGACGAAAAGUGAACCCGAUGUUUGGUAGCGGGAGGGAGACGAAGGUGACGCUGCUCAGUCGAUAAGGAGCGUUCCACGCAGUGCCAACAAGACGGACGUGCGCUCGCAUCGGUAUUUCGGUGAUUGUCCCUCGGUGGUGUGAUAGUGGUGUGUGAAUAUUGUUGUCGUGCGAGGGAGAGGGAACACGACCGAAUGUCGGUAAACGAAGAGGAGAGAUAUGAUAGAACGAUGCGAUCGAGAACGCGUGUCCAGUCCUCGAGGGUCGCCCGAGGAAGAGAAACUAUUCGUCAUCUUUGUUGAGUUCGAAUUUCGCGCGCGUUGACACGUGACCGCCCGCCGCGUGCCGUGCACACAGUGGACGUCAUACGGUUGAACGAGGAUAAUUAUAUUCGUUUCGUUUGAUUUUUAUUUUACACUUUCGCGGUGUUCCGUGAGCCCCCGCGACUGCUGGUGGACUUACACGAACGACGGAAAACUCGAUCCUCGGUGGUUCUGAAGGUUCUUUAACGUCAUGAAAUUGUCGCUAAAGAGGGAGAAGGAUCGGUAAUCGUUCGACGACGGGACCUCGGAAGUGUUUCGUGGGUGAUGUUAAGUGGUGCAUUCGAUCGUUCCCGGUGGUGUUAACCGCGUUUGUUGGUGGUGCGGUAGUGUGGUGAAGGGUGGUAGCCAGUGGUGGUGGGCAGAUCGUGUGAGAAAAAAAAAAGAAAAUAGACAAUUGUGACUCUUUAACUUGUUACCACGGAUCUCCCCCGGCAGUUUGACGCCACAGCCAUCCUCGAUGAGAGGAGGCACAUGUCCAUUGCUGCCGCUGAAAAUGCAGGGCCUAGCCCGUGUGAACUACAAGACCCGUUGUGGGUCAAAAUGAGUGCGAUCACCGGCAGUAUCACCAAGAAGAGAAAGAAGUCCGAUGUCAAGCCUCAAUCGCAAAUUAACAAGUGCCUUAACGAAAAAAGACGACGGACCCAGGAGCACGUGAUAAUCAAUGAGCUUACCGAGCUGAUUUUCGCCACGGACAUGAGCUCUGGCAAGACUGACAAAUGCCAGAUCUUUCAGAGAACCGUCGACCAGAUUCGGCACAUUAGGCAACAGGAAAGCUCGAACAGUCAUGCCGUGCAACAGGGGGAAGUGUCUUCAUCGAAUCGUAACAUACUGUCCAACGAUCAAGUUGGCCCUAUUUUACUUGAGGCGAUAGAUGGCUUUCUAUUUGUUGUAAAUGCGGAGGGACGCGUGGAGUACGUAACGGAUAAUAUAAAACAAUAUAUAAAUUAUACGAAGGCCGAUGUACUCGGGAAGGAUAUUUAUAACAUUAUUCACCAUGGAGACCACAACAACUUCAUGCCGAGCUUGUUGCCUAUUUCUUUAGGCUGGACGAGCGAGCCGCAGCCCCAGAGGAAUCGUACCUUCAGUUGCCGCUUCUUGGUGAAGCCUCCCGAUGAUACAGAAGAGACUAUGGAAGAGAAGCAGCAACGAGUAUCGAAAUACGAGUCUAUGCAAAUCUGUUCAGCUCUUUUGCCAAGUAAUAGCGAUCGCCUGGAGAGUGGUGACGUGUCCUCCGAAUCCUCGGACAUUGGUUCGUGCGUGAUGUGCGUGGCUCGCAGGAUACCCCCGAACGAGAAGCCCAUCGGGCAGUUCACUGUCAAGUUGGACACCACGGGGAAGAUUGUCGCGGUUGAUAACAGCUGGCUGUUGCCUCCUUACUUCGACUAUUUAGACAAGAAACUGAUUGGCACAACAAUAAAAGACUUGUGCCACCCUCAUGAUCUCAGUAAGCUAACUGCACAUUUGAACGAUACGCUUCAAGUUGGUCAGAGUACCAGCGAUGUGUACCGGCUACGCGUUAGUCCUGAUAAGUUCCUUAACAUUAAAACAAAGUCAAAGUUUUUCAAAGCAAAUGUGAUGAAUACACACGGUACUGACUUCAUUAUGGCCACCAGUUCCAUCAUUGGGGACAAUGACUUAACGCCUAUCGAGGGUGGUCAGCUUUCCAACAACAAAGUGUGCUCAGGACACUCUAGUAACCGUUGUGCGAAUAAUAGUAAUAAUAAUAAUAAUAAUGGUAACAAUAAGAAUAACGCGGGUGGCCCGCUGAUGCCGGUGGCACAUCUGAACGGUCAAGUGAGCGGCGGUAUAAGUGGUCGGGGGUUGGCGGGUACCUCGUCUACGUCGUCGUCGUCGUCGUCGCACGGCGCCGCCGCCGCGGCCACGUCGAACUCGAUAGUAUUUAGCGCGGCCGAGUCUUGCAACAACCCCCUGCCGUCGUUGAGUACCGGUAACCCGUUCAACCACUAUACGGGGAAUAUGGACUUGGAAUUCGAGCUCUUCCCCAGUUCCACAUGGGACUUGGAUAGUAGCAGCGGGUGGGCAGAUAGGCCCGAGUCGAGAGCGAGCGGGCCACCAAACUCACGACCGCCUUCCCAGCCGGGCCCGGGAUCUCCGAGUCCCCAGGGACAGUACUCCUCUAAUACGGCGGUGGCGCCACACUGCAGUCCCAUGCGCGCUUACAGCCCGACCUCAGGGAACCCGGCUCACACCUUCAGUAAUUCGUUCCCCUUCAGUCCGCUUCAGGAAUCACAGACGACGUCGUCCACCUUGACGAACAGCACGGCGAGUAGCGUUAGCGCGAACGGCGCCGCAGCUGCAGCUGGAUUGACGCCGAAGAGACAGGACGAAGGACAGACCGGAUGCUCGACCACCAACCAGUCCCCGAUGGAGACGAGCGGUACGCGUAACAGCGCGACACCCGGGCAAACUGGGACCACCGGGGGCGGCCCGAACGGCGGCGGCGGUGGCCAAACUAACGCGGGCGUCGUCGAGAAUCAGAACAGUGUUGUGUCGACCGAGUCCGGUAGACUGAGAAACUUGUUGACCAAGGGGGCUAGUGCUAGUGAGGACAGUCAGGACAAUACGAAUAACGAUUCCGAGAGCCAAAAUAAGCAUAGGAUAUUAAAGAUCUUGUUGAAUCAGCAAGACGAGGACGAUUUUCAUCCGGAGCAUAAUAAUAAAGUGCGCACGAGUCCCAGCAACAUGCCGAAACCGAGCAUGGAGCAUUCGAAAUCCAACCUUGGGAAUAAUAUGCUGCUACAGUUAUUAAAUGAGAAAAAUGACGACGAGGACGAAGAGGCUCGCGCUGGUUUGAAGAAGCGGAACGAACUUCUGCAGCAGCUCUUAAAAGACCAGGAUGAUGAGAGAAAGGUACACGAGCAGCAGUGUAAAACACAGACUCGGGAAGAAGAUCCUCUCCUGCGGAGUCUUGGAUUUCGAAAUACAACGCCAUCCCCCUCUCAGUCAGGCGACAACAAUGUUGGACUCGGUAGUUCGAGCCAGGUCGGACAGAAGAGACCGGGCGAGGAUGGCGAUUUAAACAUUGCUGUGAAACGACCGAUGGACGGUUCACACCAAGUAUCAUCCUCGGGUACAUCGACCAAUGCGCCGAGUAAGCUCUGGGAGAAAAACAAGAUGUUGGCUUUGCUGUUAGCUAAACAGCCAGCUCAGCCAACCACAAUCCCACCUAUACCUGCGUCUGUGAUAUCGGCAACGCCACAGGAUAAGCUCCCUCGCUUAGGAUUAAAACCACAACAACCGCAACAGCAGUCCCAGUCACAAUCGCAACAGCAGCAGCAGCAACAGCAGCAAGCACAACAACAACAGCAGCAGCAGCAGCAACAGCAGCAACAGCAACAACCGUGGACCGGUGGCAGCAUGCAGUCGGUUGGUGGUAACAACACGAUUACGACAACUGCGACUUCUGCGCGGACUCCUCUCCAAAGUCAGUCGAGACAACUACCUCGUCAAACAACCAAUACCUACCUCAAUCAUAUGCUAAGUCAGCAACAAAGACCCCAAAUGGGUCAGAUGGAUACGGAAUUCACAGGCAGCGGAGAGUAUCAUCAAGCGAGUACUGAUCCAAGCAGUUGGGACAACCAGUCGUCAGAUCCUGACCUGUCCGAUAUUUUGGAUCAAGUUAUCGAGUUCGUUCCGGAUGAAGCUAUUACAGAUUCGUCUGCGAUAGCAAAUCUCCUAGAUGUAAUCGAAGCACCACAGAACAACGUAAUGAACGAGAAAAUGGCGAUUAACGCGAUACAGAAGUCGUUGAUGUUAUGUGAGAAUGCCGUAAAUCCAACGUCUUCCACCAUAACAAUUCCUGGCACGCCUCCAGCUUACUCUACUGCGUUGGCAACUACAUCUGUAACAACAAGCCAUAGUUACCAACCUCCGCCUAUGUAUCAGCAACAGACGAGGAUGAGGAGCACCACGCAGCUAGUCAGGCAGACCACCGCUCAGUUCACGCAGCAGCAACAAUUACAGCUACAACAGCAACGGGCGAAAUUGAUACAGCAACAGCAGCAACAACAAUUGAAGCAGAGGCUACUGCAACAGCAGCAGCAGCAGCAAUUACUCAUUCCUUCCAACGCUACAGCUACGGACCAAAUUACAACCGGCAUCCACAAUAUCGAUAAUCUUCUGAAUAAUACUGUUGCGCCGAACGUAUCGUUACAGCGGUCGAGUGUCCCAGAUUCGCAAGUCUCUCCAGGUUAUGGGGGAUCCGUCCAGAUGCCUUCCGGUCAUCGACUCGCUCACUCGUACUCCCAUCCGUCGACGUUACCGCAACACUCCAUUGUAAACAAUAAUUUCAACAGUGGUCAACAAGUGUCCGCCGCAGCACGACUCUCGCCGCAUUCUCCCGCUAGUAUUCUGUCAUUCUCCCAUCCGCAGCCGCUGUCACCACGAGUGACGCAAGGCAACUAUGGUAAUACCCCGAGACUGUUCAACGUUAAUCAGGUGAGAUCGCAGCAACAGCCGACCGCGCAGCAGCAGUUGCAGCAACAGCAGAGAUCGAUGCCCUCGCCGGGGACUCCAGCGUCCGCUCGGCAGUCUCCAUUUCCGGCGGAGACCUUCCCCCCACCCACGUCCCCCACAGCUAGCCAAUUUCCACCUGGUCCUAAUCCUGGCGCGCCAAAUCCUUCUGCUCAGUACCGGUUGCAACGGACCACGUCUACACCCUCGGCUACGACUCAGUUGCCAGGUGGGCUCGGUUCGCCCCGGCACUACGGCGGAGUGAAUAAGGAACAACCUCUUCUUUCACCUAGUCAUCCACAUUCUGGUUGUCCAGCGACACCGACUCACAAUCAACACAACGUAACGAAUACCCAACAACACUUCUCCAACCAACAACAUUCUUCUAUGAUAUACGCCAAUACAAUCAACACAGCAGACAUGCAGAACAAUCAGUUCUGUUACGAUCGGACGUCUGUUCCACUCUAUUCGUCCGGGUCUGGGGACACGCAGGACGCCAGGCCUCUACCUCCCGGUAAUCCUGUCAAUCACCAAAUGGGUGGGAACGCAAGCUGCACCUCGGAGUUCGUCAGGCAGGAAUUGAGGCGAGCGAUCGUCGGCGCGCGGACGCAGCAACAGCAACAGCAGAGGGUACCGAACAACAUACAGAACAACCUGUCCGGUCAAGUCUCUCAGGACGAUCUCGAAGCGCUUGGUCUCACCUUUGAAAUGUCCCCUGCAGGUGAGGCUGUGGUUAGCGAUGGCCCUGCAAAGAGCUGGGCCAUUGGGAGUGCCGGAAGUGCCCCCUCGUCCUCCAGGACUUCUAUGGAGGAAGUGGCUCGAGGUGAUCCGAAGGUGAACCAGUCGUCGCUGUUACAGAAGCUGUUGUCCGAGUGACUGCAGGCCAACGCCUUGCACGGUAACGGGAUCUAUGUAAUAUACGUUUGAACAUAAAGGAUGGAAAAAUGAACUGGGAAACGCGAAGAAGCCAGGGAACGCGCUAUGAAUGAAGAACGAAGAAUAUCGAUCACACACACACACACACAGAGUAUACACAUCCACACGUUACACCCUAUACGUAAUGGAUACUAUUGUAUUAUAUGUAACGCUACAACACACGAAGUCAGUAUUCAGAUACGUAUCACCAAAUACAAUUGCGAAAGAAAGUUGUACGCCGCCGCGCUACCGCACCCUUCGAACCCUUUUUUGCGGAAAAUGGAGAAAAUCCUCCGACAAGGCGUUUCCGAAUUCGCAACGGAACCAACGAUCAUCGACUUUCUGAACGACUCGAAGGACCAAAAGUUUCCGUGUACCAUUUUGACCGUGUGGAGAUAUUCGCCACGGUGAAGUAGCCCACGCGUCCUGAUCCCCCUCUCGAGGCUUUGUACGCCUGUAGAGGAUAUCUUCUGGCUCGGGUAUUAGUCGAAGAAUUGUGAAUCGUGGAGAAUAGACGAUGAACGACGUAUCGGUAAUCGAUAUCGCUGGGUAAGGAGGCCGCUAAGUGGGGGGGGGGGCGGUGCGAAACGAAAUUUAGAGGUUAGGGAACACAUGUGGAGGUGGCGGCAGCGAAAAAGGGGAGAGACGAGCGGGUGGCGCUGUGGCGCGAAAAUAGUGCGACGCCUCUGUCUUGUUUUAUAUAUAAAUAUGAGUGAUAGGAUUAUAUAUAUAUAUAAAAGGAGUAAAGAAAAAGCCUUUUUGUCGGGGGUGUAUCCCAGCUUCGAACGAUAUUCGAGUAUAAAUAUAUAAAUAUAUAAAGUAUAAAUAUAUAUUAAUAUAAU